GUUACUGCAAAUAGGUCUAUAAGAAAACGAAUUAGUCGGAGACAAAUGCAUUGUGUUAAACAAAAGCCUGCUGGCAUUUUGCACUGCUCCAGCAAGAUACAACUAUUCCUUUUGAAAACCAACAUAAGUCUUUGGAAUCAAAGAAAAGAGACGAGGAACUACUUUAACUGACAGAAAACUCUCGGCCUCUAAUCCACCCAUUCUCUCCAGCGUCUUGCAGAUGAUGGUGUGAUUGGGUUUGGCUUAUUCCAUUCUCUACCCAGCACAUCUCUGGUUUCAAACCCCCAACACACCACACCUCCCUAAUGUCAGAGGAUUCAGACCCGGGGUGUAGCUCCAUGCCCAGGGGGGCCUCCUCGUGCAGCUCCAUGCCCAGGGGGGCCUCCUCGUGCAGCUCCAUGGCCCAGCUCCAUUGUAUGAACAGCUAUGGCCAGGGUGGUCCAGACCUGGGUCUUGCCUCAGAGGGCAGUGACAGCAUCCGGCGUAAGAACGUCUGCUCACGUUCCCACCACGACGAUGUGGAUAUGAAGAGCAGUGGAUCCAGCGGGAGCGAGACCGAGUCACACGGCAACGAGAGCCACGGAAACGAGAGUCAUGACAACGAGUCGACAGGUAGCUCCAACGGCAACAGCAAGGACUCCGCCCUCCUGGAGUCGUCUGGGAGUAGCAAGAGUCCCUCUCCUCCCAGUAGUUCCAAUGCCUUCAGCCUGCUGAAUUCUGAGCAGGACAACCCCUCCACCAGCGGCUGCAGUAGUGAGGAGUCCGCUAAGACCAAGACCCAGAAGGAGCUGCUCAGGACCGCCAAGCAGCUCAGACAUCUCCUGCCUGCUGACAAGAGGAACAAAGGCAACAAGUCCAGCUCCCUAAACACCCUGAAAUACGCACUGCGCUGCGUCAAACAGGUGGAAGCCAAUGAGGAGUACUACCAGCUGCUGAUGACCAAUGACAGUCAGCCAUCAGGCCUGGAAGUGUCCUCUUACACCAUCGAGGAGAUAGACAGCAUCACCUCAGAGUACACCCUCAAAAACAAUGACACCUUUGCUGUAGCUGUAUCUCUGAUCACGGGAAAUAUCGUCUACAUCUCAGACCAGGCUGCCUCCAUCCUCAACUGUAAACGGGGCAUCUUCAAGGAUGCCAAGUUUGUGGAGUUCUUGACUCCCCAGGACGUUAGUGUUUUCUACAGCUUCACCACGCGCUACCGCCUGCCCUCCUGGAGCAUGUGCACCGGAGCAGAGUCAUCCCGGUCGGACUGCAUGCAGGAAAAAUCGUUCUUCUGUCGGAUCAGUGGGGGUAAGGAGUGUGAGGGGGACCUGCAGUACUACCCAUUCUGUAUGACCCCCUACCUGAUGAAGGUGCAGGAUAAGGUCCAUUCUGAGGACCAGUUCUGCUGCCUCCUACUGGCUGAGAAGGUGCACUCCGGAUACGAGGCUCCCAGAAUCCCUAGUGACAAGCGCAUCUUCACCACCACACACACUCCUAGCUGUGUGUUCCAGGAUGUGGAUGAGAGAGCUGUUCCACUUCUUGGGUACUUCCCCCAGGAUCUGAUUGGCACCCCAGUCCUUCUUCUCAUGCAUCCCGAUGACAGGCCUGUCAUGUUGGCCAUUCACAAGAAGAUCCUUCAGUACGCUGGCCAGCCGUUCGACCACUCCCCCAUCAGGUUCUGCACGCGGAACGGAGAGUACGUCAUCGUCGACACCAGCUGGUCCAGCUUCGUCAACCCCUGGAGCCGUAAGGUCUCCUUCGUUAUCGGGAGGCACAAAGUCCGCAUAGGCCCGGUGAAUGAGGAUGUGUUUGUGUCCCCGCUCCCUGCCCUCAUGGAGACUAUGGACUCUGAAGUCCGGGAGAUCACUGAGCAGAUCCACAGAUUGCUACUACAGCCGGUGCACAACACUAGCUCCAGUGGCUACGGUAGCGUGGAAAGCAACAACCACCUUGUAGCAUCUCAGGUGAUGACCAGCGAGGGCAGCCCAAGCAGGACACACAUCGAGGAGGAGGGGGAGAGCAGCUGGGCCAAACCUAGGUCAUUCCAGGAGAUCUGUAAAGGUAUCCACCUCCAGAAGAGUCAGGAACAGCAGAUCUACCAAGCCUCCUCCUCAGCCAUGCCUGAGAUCAAGAAGAGCCCUGGCAAGUUCCUCCAGAAGAGUCCAGCAGGGGUGCGUUCCAAGGAAUCUGCAACCCCUGUGGCCCCUCUGAAUUGGAGGGACAGUGGGGUCAGUGCUGGGGUCAGUGGGCUGAGCCUGGAGGACAGCAGCAGCAGGACUGCUGUACAGGAGGAGCAGCUGGCCUUCAACGACCAGACGGUCUACUCCUACCAACAGAUCAGCUGUCUAGACAGUGUCAUCUAAUAUCUAGAGGGCUGUAAUGUUCCCAUCACUAUGAAGAGGUGCCACUCUUCUGACAACACUAUGUCCUCAGAUGAGGACAAGCAGAAAGGAGGGGAUAAUCCCAUGCAAUUAUCUGAAGAGAUCAUCGUAGAUGUAUCUGUGGCUCGGGUUGAGGUGGAGGAGGGCAGCCAGACUCCUGGGCCUCCCGCCAAUGCUGUUUCACCUCCCAGCCUGGAGAGGGAGCCCUAUAAGAAGCUCGGUCUGACCAAACAGGUCCUAGUAGCCCACACCGUGAAGGAGGAGCAGAUCUUCCUGUGUCGCUUCAGGGAACAGAGGGGAGUCCAGGCCUUCCAGGCCAACUGUUCCCAAUACCUGGAGCGCCAGAAGGGACAGGGCGCCGCUGAUGCUCUGCCCGCUGUGCGCCCAUGCACGCAAGCCGAGCCCGCUGCCCGUCGAAGUGGGCGCAACAAGAAGACCAAGUCUAAGCGGGUGAAACAGAACGAGUCGUCCGACAGUUCCGUGUCUCAUAGGAGAAGACAGCCGCAGCCCCGACCCCACCUCCUCAACCAGACCUCCUGGUCCCCCUCCAACACUUCCCAGUUCACUUUGCUGCCCCUGGCUUACCCCACCGUGGUGCCAGUCUACCCCCUCCAGGUAUACCCUGGGGUGGGCACCAUGGCUGGCACCAUGCCUACCCGCCCAGAGAAUUCAUUGGCAGGCUUUGGUGACUGCCAAGGCAACCAGGAUCCCCAGUGCACGCCACCAAACAUCCAGCCCUCGCCCUUCUCUACUCCCAUGGUGACCCCCGUGGUGGCCCUGGUUCUCCCCAGCUGCAUGUUCCCUCAAAUGGGAAACGGGGCUCCAGGACAGCAGCCUUUCUACCAGGCCGAGAAAGCCGGCUACCCCUCUCAGUCACAGCCCUUCCACCCACAGACAUCCCUCACCUUACCUGCUCAUGUUCCUUUCCCGGCUCAGCCACAGGCCUUUCCCCUACUGACGGCCUUCCCGAUCCCCGCCCAGCCUUUCUCACUCUUCAUGCCCAUGGAGGCUCCCAAGCCACCUGGGGAAACCACCCAGUCUCGCUGCUCCCCGCAUGGGACCAUGGGUGGCAGGGACCAAGCGUCCUCCCCUCCACUGGUCCAAUCAUGGUGCAGCUCGCCCCUGCAGCUGGAGGAGAUGUGGUGCUCCCUGGAGAGACAUGACCGCAUGGUGGUGGUGCCCUCCGUUGGCACACAAGGGAAUAACACCGUCAACAUGAAGGGAGGGAGCAUGGUCUGCCAAGCCAUGGAGAAGGUCAAGGAGCUUCAGCAGGUGGGCUCGCCGGGCAACCAUAGCGACGUCAAUUCAUCAUCGAGUGACCUCCUGGACAUCCUGCUCCAUUCAGACUCUCGUUCAGGCACCAGCUCAGGCACUUCAGGGUCCAUGGGUUUCAGCUCUAAUGGCUGCGGAACCUCAGCUAGAACGUCUAACAGAAUGUCUAAUAACAGCCGAACGUUGGGAUGUGGAACGUCAGCUAGCGGAGUAUCUGGCAGUGGCACAGUAAGCAGCAGCCACACAAGCAACAACAGCAGCAACUACUUUGGCACCGUGGACUCCUCCCAGAACAGCUGCCAGCAGGUCAAAGUGCACUCCAGUGGCGGGAGUGGUGGUAGCGCUAGCGAGGGGCGGCCAAUGGAGGUAGAGGAAAGCCAAUAUGACAAGUAUGUACUGCAGGAUCCGCCGUGGUUAGUCACCGCCAACGCUGACGACAAGGUCAUGCUGACCUAUCAGAUGCCCUCCCGGGGCAUCGACUGUGUGCUUAGGGAAGACCGAGAGAAGCUACGUGUGAUGCAGAAGAGCCAGCCGUGCUUCACCGGGGAGCAGCAGAUAGAACUGGGGGAGGUCCACCCCUGGAUGAGGAGAAGAGGGCUGCCCAAGGUCAUGGAUGCCAAGUGUGGGCUGUGAGGAGGACACUCCAGAGGUGUUGUUGUCUGAGGAGCAGCCUGGCCUGGAUAUGGGAGACACAGAGACUGAGGAGGUCAGCCCCUACAGGAAGCCCGGCGAGGAGCCCUUUUAACAUGGACACCUGUCCCUCUUCUGGCCUUGGAUCAUAACAGCCACAUCCACCCCCUGAAUCUGCCCCUGUUAAUUGUAGCAGCAUCACCUCCGCAAAAGGCUAAUUCUCAAGCGACAUCAAUUAUUCACCAAGUCCCACCCUCAGCUGUUCCAUACAAGACCAUUUUUUUAUUUUACCAGGCAAGUCAGUUAAGAACAAGUUAUUAUUUACAAUGACAGCCUACCGGGUGAACAGUGGGUUAACUGCCUUGUUCAGGGGCAGAAUGACAAGAUUUUUACCUUGUCAGCUUGCGGAUUCGAUCCAUCAACCUUUCGGUUACUGGCCCAACGCUCUAACCACCAUAUUAGACUGCCUAGUACUGCUUGCACCCUGCGGGUACAAACCUUUUCUACAACAAACUAAACUGUAUUGGAAUUCUGCUACAGCCUGAGAGACCAGGGAACAUACAGACUGUUACAUCCCACCUGGUCAAUUCAUUUUCUGUGUGUGUGUGUGUGUGUGUGUGUGUGUGUGUGUGUGUGUGUGUGUGUGUGUGUGUGUGUGUGUGUGUGUGUGUGUGUGUGUGUGUGUGUGUGUGUGUGUGUGUGUGUGUGUGUGUGUGUGUGUGUGUGUGAGAGAGAGAGAGAGGAAAAAGAAGAGUGAGUUAGUGUGUCCACAACACAGUUCAUGUUCUAUCAAUUGUUUUUUCACUUAUUGAAAUUAAUAGUUUUUCACUUAUUGAAAUUAAUGUUUUCAUUGAAAACGUUUUGACCGUAGUAGUCUUGUAUUUGUGUUAAUUUAGAGCCCUGGGGCUAGCAUCAACAUUUUAACACUGAUGCUCCCAAUUUAAAGAAGUUAGGAGCACCACAUGAAAUGUAGGAGCACCAGAAUAUAUCGUGUUUUAUUGUAAUACAGCCUAUAUUGGGCCUAUACGAAUUCAAGGUACUUUUGAGGGACAUGAUUUUCCCAGGAAAAUAAUGUCAUAUGUAUAUAAGAUAUUAAUUUAUUGUAAAAGCUAAAGAAUUUUACCUUUAUUUAACCAGGUAGGCCAGUUGAGAACAAGUUCUCAUUUAUCAACUGCACCCUGGCAAAAUGUUGAAAGGAAUAACUGUCAUCGAAAUUACAAAGUAAUGUGUGGAAUAUUAGGUUUCUACAUUGUGUAAAAGCACUAUUGAGGUGCAUUACAUUGAAAAUUGUAUACUGUCUCUUCAAAAACGGCAGAAGAUCUGACAUUCAUUAUUUUCUACUGUCACUGAUCUCCUGAAGCAGCUAUCCCUUUUCCUUUCUUUCUAUGCCCCCAAAUGUUUGGAUAUACUGGUAACGUUCCCAGGUUGUUAGCUAGCUAACCAAUGAGGUAACAUGACUGAAGUGUAAACAAAUGGAUAACGACAUGGUUUAUGAAUGUAAAAUGCAGACCCAGCGACCCGCUAUAGGAAGAUGAAAAUGCUGCGCCGGUAUUAUGGUGUAGAUCUUUUGACGUAGGCCCGGUUUUCCAAAAUAAUCUUAAGACGUAAGUUAAUUGUUAGCACCAUGGCGCUUAAUGGUUCUAAUGAUGAAUUUAAUGUUAAGAUGCUUUUGGGGAAACCCGAGGCACUGAUUGAAAUGGAAGCUUUCGCUGUGGUAAUGGUGCAACCAUGACUCUAAGGGCACUCAGGGAAAAUACGUUAGAGCGAAGCAUUAUUUCAUACAUUUCUUUUCUUUCUUUUUUUCCUAGGCCCACAGUGCUCCCAAAAUAAAACUCCGGGUCACACAGCAAAAUAUUUAGUUGCAUAUCCAAUAUAUAACAUGAUGAUGUUGAUAUCUGUUUGUUGUUGAAAACACUUACAGGAUUUCUAGUCUAUUAUGUUGGCUGACUAAAAGGUUUGGCAGAAGAGGCUUGUAGAGAAGUUGCUUUCUAGCCUGUGGUUGAAUGUUCUCAUAGAGCCCUUUCCAGUACACGACACACUGACAUCACGCACAGAUGUGCGUGACUCUUGACUGCAGUAAGAAAGCCAUCACCAUCUGUGCCCAUUCAACAUAGCCAUGGUUGACCUUUUUAGUACUUAUAACUUUUUAUUGGGUUCUCUUACACUAACAAUUUAUGUUUUAAUUCUAAAUGAACAGUCGCUAAGAUUUAUAUUUGGUUGUGAUCUUUGCAAAAUAAACAUUUUGGAUGCAGCAGUUGUUAGCUAGAAUGCUAACGCUCAUUGACAGGCUGUAGCAAAAGCUAAGCAAAGA